GAUUGGACCAGCCUGGUGAUAUCGCAGGUGAUGCUCGCCACCCACUAUGGCAUUAUCUAUUUGCUGGCAGUCUUUGGCAAAAUUUCUUGGCAGAGCGAGCAGCUUGCCUACACGUUCUCUGAUGUGGGAGCGAAGCUUUUCCAUUCGAUCUUUUUGCUUAGCCUCCGGCGACGGAGAAACCUCCUCUUGCUGCAGAACAUGCGUGAAGCUGCACUCCUCGCAGCAGCAGAUUUGCAAAGGAUGAUUUCUCAGGCCAAUGUUCCGAUUUUCUGUGUCAACAGAAAUUUGGAGAUUGAGGACUGGAAUCAAAAGAUUGAGGAGCUGACAGGCGUUUGCAGGGCAGAUGCCAUGAACCGGCGAUUGCCAGAAUUCUAUGCCCCGAGCCCGGCGAACCCCAGCUCUUGGUGGCAAGCUGCCGGGGAGCUGCUGCAAGAUGCACUCGAAGGUCGGGACUCCAAUGUGGUGGAGAUGCACUUCAACGCCCCCCCGACACAGGGAGGUGAGCUGAAGAAGUGCAUGGUGGCUGUCAGUGCCACCUGCCAGCGUACCGGUCGAGGCGACAUCAAAGGUGCCGUUUGUAUCGGCCAAGAUGUCACUGAACUAACUCUGGAGAAGCAAAAGGCCGAGAAUCUCGCAGAAAGCCUGAACCGCCUGAUCGAAUCGGCUAACGCUCCGAUUUUCGAGGUCGACAUGGAAUUCAGAGUCACAAAAUGGAACAGCUGGCUGGUCAACAAGACUGGCCUUUCACAGGAAGAAUUGGCCGGCAAGCAUGUGUCCACGGUCCUGAGCCCAGAUUCCAAGAGGAAGGUGCAGGAUGCCGCCAACAGAGCAAUCACCGCCGCGCCGCAGGCGCCGGUGGAGUUGUUCGAAGUGGGUCUGCUGGAUGCCCAGCAGAGCCGCACUGCAGUGCUUCUGCUCACCGCGACGCCGUGCCUGGCACCCACGGGCCGGACCACCGGUAGCAUUUGCAUCGGCCAAGACAUCACGAAGCUCAAAGACUUGGAAGACCGAAAGGCUUCCAUCAUGGCCAUGGUGUCCCAUGAGCUCAAGUCCCCCUUGCACGGCAUCAUCGGCUUGAGCAACUCCUUGUUGGAAGGAUCGGAACUUCCGUCUGCCCUGCAAAAGCCAAUGGGGAUGCUGCACAAUUGUGCCAAGCGUUUGCUUGACAUGGUGAGCAACAUCAUGGACGCGUCAGUACUUGUCCAAGACAAGCGAAUGCGCAUGGCGAAAGAUCCAGUACAACUGCAGACCAUCAUUGAAGAGGUGAUGCUGCUUUCGCAGCAGUCGUGCGGAGAAAGAGGAUCUGGUAAUCCCGCCUCCUUAGGCGUCAAGCUCAUCAAUGAGGUCACCAAACCAUUGCCAGUGAUUGAGGCAGAUGCCUAUAGGUGCACACAGCUGAUGUACAACUUGGUUGCCAAUGCCGUGAAGUUCACACAUGAGGGGUCCGUGACCGUGUCGGCGAGCUAUGACGACGAGAAGCAGAUGGUAGAAGUGCAGGUCAAAGACACGGGCAUUGGCAUUUCACCCGAGAACAUUGACAGAAUCUUCCAGCCAUUUGACCAAGAGGACUGCUCUGAGAGUCGGCGCUACUCAGGGCUAGGCCUGGGCUUGGCCAUUAGCCGGGAGGUUGUCCACAAGCACGGGGGCGAGCUGACUGUAUCCUCUGUGCAGGGGCAAGGCUCCACCUUCCGCGCUACACUUCCAUACAAAAUGAAGUCGCCAGCGGCAGAGGACAAGGAGCACGAGGAACCGCCCCUGCAGUCUCCAGCCAGGCUCACGACAAAACUUGGUGAAGAUAAGGAGACACCCAAUGUCAUGGGGCGCUCCAGCACAACCACCUCCAGCGUGAGGAGCUUUGAUUGGGAUAAGGGCGAGAAGAAGGACAAGAGGAGAAAAGAAAGAAGCCAAGGUCGAGGCUAUAGCCUGGACGUGAGAGCACAGGACAUGGCCCUUCGGAUCACGCCAGAAUCGCGCCGACCGGUUGUUCUAUCCGUGGACGACGACAAUGUGCACCUCCAAGUGAUCAACGCGCUGCUUGAAUCUACAUCUUACGAGGUGCAGGCUGUGACAAAUGGCCUAGAAGCUUUGCAAUACCUCGAGGAGAAGCCUUUGCCGUCUUUAGUUCUGCUCGAUGUCAUGAUGGCUGACAUCUCUGGGCACGAGGUGCUGCAAUCAAUUCGAGAAGUUUAUUCUCCCGAAGUCUUGCCGGUGAUUAUGGUGUCAGCGAAGAGCAACAAGGACUCUAUCACUAGCUGCUUGGCAAUGGGAGCCAAUGACUAUGUACAGAAGCCAUUUGGCAAGUCAGAGCUCUUGGAGCGCAUCCACUUGCAGCUGCAGAUGUCCACGGCGGCACGCAGGGGAAUUCGUUUGGAGCGCGCAUUGGCUUUGAAGGAUGCGGAGACUGCCGUGGUGAAGUCCCUGCAGGUGCCAGAGGACACCACUGCGAGGGAGGAGGCACAGCCGACGGCGUUAUCUCAAAAGUUGCUGGAGAUUGCGACUGAAGAGAUAAAGACUUUGCGGGAAGAUCGGAAGCGGCUCAUGGAUGAGGCAGCAGCGCUGAGGCAGCGGGUGCGCGAACUUGAAGAAGAUGCUGCGCGGCGCCAGAAGUUCGAGCUGAGCUCAGAGCAGCGACAGCUGGUGCAUCAAUUUCAUUUACGCCAGAAGGAGAUGAUUACACAACAAGAUCAGCUGGUGCAACAUAUCAACCGCCUCGAGAGCUACCAGAAGGUGCAACAUCAGCUGGUCAGCGCAAAAGUUGGCACAGAUGUUGAAUAUUUUGGCACUCCUCUACCGGUGGGUGCGGCAGGAGGCAAUCUUGCGCAAGCCUCCCCAUUCAACUUGAACCUGCGCGAGUUGCAGAAGGCUGAGCACAGCCUUCACGUGACUCUGAGCCGCGUCAUGGAGAUCUCCAAAGCGUUGCCUGGUGCAGAGAGGGAGGAACUGCAACGCCUGGUGGUGGCGUUGCAGAAGGAUAUGACCAAGCUUCUCCUGGAGAUGGGUCGCAAGUGCCACCUUCUUCUUGAUGCCGAGAGCAAGCUGCAGGACCAAGCCUUGCAGAUGCAAAGAGCCAUGCUCCCUCUGGUGGGAUCGACCUAUCAGCAAGCCACACUACACCAAGAUCCGCUUGACGUGAAUCUCCCGGGCUUAUGGAACUCCUCGCUCUCCGCAGCAUAGCUACGGCGUUUCGGGGGGGUUGCUGCGUGCAACGUGCGGCCAGCCAGAUAGCUAGAUAGCUCCAGGCUUGGCUCCACCCGUGAAAGUAGGGACUUUGACGGCCAAACCUGGCCCUUUUUUUUUCAUGGAAGUGUGUUUGAAUUGUUUGUUCCCUUUGCCUGAGGAAUGCACAGCCUGCCGAUGCCAGGGUGGACGUCUCACCUAGCACGUGCGAGAGCACGCUUUUCAAUCAAAACCUGUGUUGGAUGCCAUCGCACAUCGCAAGAGGACAAGUUUUCGCGAAAUGCCAAGCCUGUCCUCCCUCAGCCCUCCCUCUACAUCGGACGUCGCAAGAGGACAAGUUUUUUGUGAAAUGGCAAGCAAGCCUGCCCUUCCUUACCGUUCCUCUACAUCGGACGUUACAAGAUUGAAUCA